CCUUCGCGUAUUUCGUGUACGUCGUGUGUGUGACUGUCCGUGUCCGAGGAUAGACGAUUGAGAAGGAUUUUCAUUCUAGUUGAAUUCGGUAUCGGUAGAAGUGCUGUGAAAUCCUCCCCAUUUUUUCGCUGUGGAUAAGAAGUGAAUUUUUGAAAAGAUUUUCUAUUGAAAUCUGAAGGUUAUUUGCGGUUCAUAAAGGAUUACAUCCAACUAAGAUUGCUGUCUCACUAACAGAACGUUGUGGAAUAAACUCUGAUUUAUCAAAAGAAAAGGAUAAUAGUGUGGCUGUGUCAGGGCUAGUGAAAGUGCUAAUUUUGAUUUCCACGAAGCGGAAACAAGUGCUAAGUGUGGUGUGGCUACAAUACCAAUAAUUCGUUCCAUAAUUGGUGCACUAAUCAGAUCGAACCAAGCAACAGAACAGAAAGCAUAAGAACCGUUCUGGCGUUGUUACGUGCGUGAAAACCGACCUUCUAUUCAAGGAUUCAGAUUGGCUCAAUACCGAACGCAUACAACCCUUUUUGUGUUGCUAAAUAGUCACCUUCAUUCUAUGCCCUCAUCACUAUCUCUUCCUUGAGAUCGAUAGUAACCGGAAGUAGAAAAAUACACACAAAAAUACAUCAGCUACAUCAGCAACAACUACGACAAAAAGCUAGUUGAAGCACACGAAAUAUCGGUUAGAUUAAAAGUAAAGAGAACGAGUAGCGAAACCUCAGUAAAAAGGCAACUGCUCAUCCAGAGCGUGGUGAAGUUGAUUUCAAACUUUUCUUCUCGUUCAAUAUUAGCGCCAUAUCUGACGCUGGGUGCGGGCGAAUCUGCGCCCCGCCAAAGCAGGAUCCACAAGCCGGCACACUGUCUUUCGCAAGCUUCAAAAGUAGCUUCACCAGCAAUGUUAAUUUCCUGAAGCGACGUGAAUUUUUACCUGGUAGAUUCAGCUCGGGAGACUUGUCUUCUGAGUGUGAUGAUGUCGAUCCCAAAGAUUUACCACCAGCAGCACGACCACAACCUCCUUUACAACAGCAACCGAUGCCCGGUGGUCCGCCCAAUAUUCCUCCUCCACCGGCACCGGGAGCGUCUGUCUCACCAGGACCGGUUCCUGGAUCGGCUCCCCCAACCGGGGGGCCUGAACUGUCACUGAGUUUCGGAAAAGGACCCACCCAACGUGGAACUAGCGCACCAUCUAGUCCAGCAAAAUCGCGAGAAAGCCUGUUACAACGUGUUCAAAGCUUGACCGGCGCAGCACGUGAUCAGGGUGCUUCCAUUAUUGGAGCGGCCGUUUCCACCGCAGCCCGUGUUCAACCAUUCAACAAAGACAAAUGCUUCACACUGUUAGUGCUAGAUGAUCAAAAUACCGACUGGUCAAAGUAUUUCCGUGGCAAGCGCCUUCACGGAGACUACGAUAUACGGGUAGAGCAAGCGGAAUUCCGAGAAAUUUCUCUAACGGCCAACGCUGACGCCGGUCCUCUGGUGGCAUUCAAUCGCGGCAGCUCUAAACAGCCAAAAUCCUAUCGCCCGGAUUUUAUCCUCGUUCGCCAGGCACCUCGGGAUGGAGCUAAGGACUAUCGAUCAACGCUGCUUGGAUUGAAAUACGGCGGUGUACCCAGUAUUAAUUCACUGCAUUCGUUAUACCAAUUCCAGGACAAACCAUGGGUAUUUGCACACCUGCUACAGCUCCAGCGUCGCCUCGGAAAGGAUACAUUCCCGCUGGUAGAGCAGACCUUCUUCCCGAACCCUCGUGAUAUGCUCGCCUGGCAACGGUAUCCGUGUGUUCUGAAAGCUGGCCACUGUCACGGUGGCAAGGCAACGGCUAAACUUGACAAUCCCGGGGCUCUACAGGACGCCGCUGGACUGCUGUACGGUACCGGUCUAUCCGAUAGCACUUCCUACUGCAGCCUAGAACCGUACAUCGAUGCCAAGUUCGAUGUGCACAUUCAAAAGAUUGGCACCAGUUACAAGGCAUUCAUGAGAAAAUCCAUUUCUGGAAAUUGGAAAACCAAUCAGGGCUCAGCGAUGCUCGAACAAAUUCCCAUGACUGAGAAGUACAAGUCAUGGAUCGAUGAGGUCUCGGAAUUGUUUGGUGGCAUGGAGGUUUGCGGCAUUGCGGUGAUCGUUUCCAAGGAAGGAAAAGAGUUUAUCAUAAGCGCAUCCGAUUCUACCUUCCCUUUGAUGGGUGAUACUCAAGAGGAGGAUCGCCGACACAUUGCUGAUCUAGUUGUCGGACGAAUGCAGAACGUAUGCCGCCCGUCGAUGAUGACAAAAGCCACUUCACGCACUUCUAUCUCAUCGCGUGGGGGUAGUCCUACUGAGGAAACCCCUCCAGUUCCAAUCGGAAUAAGACCGGCCCCAGUUGGAGGUGGUCCUCCACCUAUCCCUGAGCGCACAACACCGGGCGUUGGCUCAAUAGGUCGCCACGGUAGCAUCAGUAGCCAAUCUGGAGAGCCCCCUGAGCAGCCUUCUGAAAAGGCUCCGGCUUUGAACAGUUUAGGAAGACGAGAUUCGCAAGCAUCGCAAUCUAGUUCUGUAUCAGGAGUUUCUUCUGCUUCAGCAGUUCGUUCUGCUGCCAGCAAAGGUGCUGCAGUGCCUGGACAGGCAUCGGUCGCGGACGAAGCUGAGGAUACAAUGAAAAAUCUCCGUAAAACAUUUGCUGGGAUAUUUGGAGACAUGUAGGAUUUAGCUAAAAAGAAGAAACCACAACGUGGAGGAGAAAGCACAACUGGCAGUGCUACCGGUAGCGUACUGAGUACCCGUGAAAAUUCGAUUGAUACCGUAAUUCAUCGUCCAAUCGGCACAAUCGCAUUGGAAAAGGAUUCAUCGUUGAGCAAUGGCACGGCCGGUCAACUGCAGCAAAACAUAACAUCUGUUAGCAAUAGUGUAAAUAACAGCAGUAACAACAAUAGAGUAGACAGUGUUUCUUCUUUUGAUAAAAAUUCUACAUUGAAAAAUCAUGCCUCCGCGACCGGAUCAUCAUCUACAACGGACACGUCCAGUGCACAAGAAACGAAACAUGUGGCAUACGAUCCUGCAAUCAACGAGCGGAUCAAUCCAUUCGAUAAAGAUAAGAUAGCAGCUAGUCGAGCAGCUACAGCAGCUCCAGCCAUUUGUUCUUCAUUCUCUUCUAGUACAUUUACUACUAUAACAACAACAUCUGGCACUACAGGCGGAUACAGUAGCUACGUCUCCUCGACAACGUUGCCUUCGUCAUCUGUAAGUCAGCCACCAACAGAAAAGGCUUCAGCAUCUUCUUCCUCUUAUUCCAGUACUUCUAACAUAACCACUAGCGAUAAGGGAGAUGAUAACGCGAAAGAUCGUUACAACAUACAGCAAGGUAUCAGGGAUCAAUCACAAGCUGGUCGCAUCGGUCCACAAACGAAUGCAACUGCGGACGCGGCGAAUAUACCGACCACCUCAUCAUACUCCAGUGAAAGCAAGAAACAGGAAUUCGGUCGCACAAAGCGAUCAUCGUCUGAUGCGGAACUCAUCUUCGGCGAUAAAGGACCAGAUUUCUACAAGCCUCGCUUCAGCGUGGCUGAUAUGGGGCGAGACUUGAAACAAAGCAGUGAUUCAUUGUCAGAUGCGGAGGCCAUCUUCGGCACUAGCGCAGUUAGUGGUCCCCCGUCAGCGUCAUCUACGACUGGGGGAAGUGCGGCUCCAACGGCUUUUAAUCGGUAUACGUCGUACGGUAGCCGUGACAGUUCAAGCUUCAAUAGCAGUGUGUCAGAUUCAGACUACAUAUAUGGGAAAAAGGACGAACGCAGUUCAUUUACUAAAAGCUUAUCAGUUUCUUCAGAAAAAGCAGAUGUUGACGUGACUGAACGAUUCCGAAGCUUUCCCAGGUCGUACGACCCUCCGAAAAGCGCUUCAUCUGUGGCCAGCUCUGCCAGCGGGAAGUGGAAUAAUAAAUUCGAAGAAGAUGAUUUUGACCUUAAAUGAAUAUUGCAAAACCAGUUACGCUAGUAGGUUAGCAAUUAAUUUCUACUUAGAAUAUUUCCAUGAUACUUGAGUUAUGUACUACUAACUGAUGCAUGUGUUGAAAUUAUUGCUAACUGACUGUCGUUCUUACUAAUUGUGUAACAUAAUCAUAAAAGCGACUAUACUUAUAAUUAAUUUGAAAUGCAAAAUCAUGUCCAUGCGUUGCAGAAAGGUUCUCAAACAUGCAGCUAGUCAUAACCACUAUACAAUUGAUUGAUUAAAUUAGUACAUAUAUGACAUGUAAGCAAAAGAACUAAGCAAAGGAAAAAACUAGCCUCUGAUGUUUCCUGGUUUCAUAGUUAUAUUCUCAAACUUCAGAUUUUUUUCAUGGGAGAGUUAUUGCUUUUGCAAAAAAUUAAACUUAACCGCCAAUGUAUUAUGUAUCAUGAAUCAAAACUCACCCACGCAAAACAACCUUUUAUUCAAUGGUAAGUAAAAAUUUCCAUUUCAAAAAGGUGAUACAGGUUUGUGCAAGUGAGUUUUGAGCCCUUAUUGGAAAAAAAAACCUGAAGAAUUAUUAAAACUUCGUUUGAUGUUUACUCUCAAAAUGCAUUGGGAUUGCUCUGAACAAAAAAUACAAGAAAGAACUCGAUGUAAGAUCGCCAAAGUUCAAAUAACAUAGAAUGAAUGUGCAUAUCAUAUUUUUGUUCUGCAUUUUGCAUAAGUUGGACAUCGAAAGCUAUGCUCUGUUCGAAAACUUUUUAUUGUGAGACAAAUAUCAACAAUUAAUCGUAUUUUUAUAUUAAAAGUAUUACUACUGUUGCUUAACUGUUUAAAACGAUAUCAAAUUAUUCACAGCAAAAUUAACAAACUAUUAAUUAUAAAAUACGAGCUGAUUGGAACCGUAAAUGCAAUAAUUCAAUAGAAGAAACAAAUUAACACCUUCAAGUAAAAUGAGCCAAGGGGAUAUGUAUGCUCUAUUUUGGCUAAAAAUAAGUUUUUUCUAUGGUGUUACGCGUGAAGAAUUUGUUUGAACUUCGAAAAAAAAUUAACUUUUCUGGCAGCAGUUCUGCCUAGCUACCGAACUUCAAGGCCACUGUUGAAAAGGUUCCUUCGUCUCUGUGCUCGUUCCGACUUUUUUAACUUGUGAAAAAUGACGGGUGAAACAGCGUAGCGGCGCCGGUGAUGUAGUGGUAAGCGUGACUGCCUCUCACUCCAAAAGGCCUGGGUUCAAUUCCAGUCGGCGCCGUCGGGAUUCUCUGAGGCAUAAACAUACCUGAUCACGAAGGAAGAAAAGCUGUUGGUCCCCGGUCCAAGUGGCAAGCGUAUUACCAAAAUUUGUAAAUCUUUACCUGUUGGUUUCUGUAACAGACAGACAGUAGAAGCUUAACCUAAUGCCUCCUAUCCGCCGUGAUGGAACUGCCAGCUCACGUGUAGCUUCCGGGGAUGAGCAUUUCUUGUCUUAAUCGUUGGAUACUUCUCAGACACUGUUUGAGCCGCACCUCCACGAUGAACAGACUCUGGGGUUGGUAAAGCAUUUCCUCUAUCGCUGUACUAGUCCGUAUUCGCGUUGCACCUUGUUCUGUUGCUGCUACUGGUCUUUUGUAAUCGUAUGGCUCGAGGAGGCGUGAGGUAGGGACUUGUGAUGCCCAGAGCUUUGUACCGUGCAUCUUCUAGAUUGUUUGUUCACCAUUUGUAGCCGAAAUUCGGUAAUGGAUGAAUUCUAUUGGGGUGAAUCGAUCAAUGCAAAUAGGACCUUUUGACAUGUUCCUCUAGAUUUGCCCCACUUUGUGGUUUGGCUCUAUAGCCUUCUCUGAAUGUCCAAGUGGUGGCUCCAAGCAUAACUGCAAGAACAAUCAUAUGUACACGGCUUACUGCACUUAUGCUAGGAGCGACCCAUCAUAGUUGGUUGCACUUGGGUAUUCAGAAAAGUCUAUGGAAUCGUGUUAAUCGUGUAUGUGGCCCUGUACAAUUAUGAACAUUUUGUCUAUAGACAGUUUGCGUUAAGAUAUUAUUUCCCCAUGUUGUUUAAGCUUUAUUUAACGCAAAAUUUACAAUCUAUUUAUGUAGACAAUAUUUUGAAAACCGGAAAAAAAUUCGUUCAUUUAAAGUCAAUAAUUCGGACCUAGGUUGUACCUAUUCGUACCCAGAUGCGAGAUUGUACUAAAUACGACUCAGCCCAACAUGGUUAUGUGCUGCGUACAAAAAAAAAUUGCACCACACACAUAGGUACAUUGUCAGCUUCCUUUCAACAGUCAAAGUAAUGGUAAAAUUAUUGAAAGCAGAAUAAACUGAUUGUACUGAUAUUCUCACCUCACGUUUAGGAAAGUAGUUAAUUGCACGAACUAAUUUAGUGAUAUUACCAUAAAAAUUAGUAUGAAAUAGCGAAGGAACAAUUCUGUGCUGAACAAAUAAAUAGCUGCAGCCACAUAUGGGACAUGAGAAGAAGUCGGCUUAUAUCAAAUCAAUUAACUGAUAAAAAUUUGAAUAAUUAUGAUACAAUAUACACUAUUAUUAACUAAAUGUUGUUAGAGUAUUAUAUUACAGUUAACGAGUUUGAAUUGAUGAGCAGGGAAAAUGUUAUUCUCAGCAUUUAUUUAUCCAACGCUUCUUUAUCCAAAUCAUCGGCAAAAUACAUGUUGCAAAUCUUAGCCCUUAAUUUGUUGGAAUUAACUCUUAGCAAUGAUUUAAACAAUUGGAAAGAAACGUAACAUAGUGCUAUCAAUCAAUUCAAUCUCAAUUAAAAGCAUUAAAAUAUCGUAUGAUGACAAUAUUACUAAGAUAGUUGAUAUUUACAUAUUAAACAAAUAAGAGUCCUAAGAAAGGCAUGUUAUUGGAAGUUACUGGAACGUCCUAUUUACCCCCUGAGCAUUCUGAUUAUCAGCUAAAUAUUUGACUGGAUACAUCUUCAUUCUAUUUGCAAGAAAUAAACACAUGCAAAUACUCAUCCUAGAUACACAUGUACGGAAUGUCACGAAUAAAUUGUUGUCCACCUACAAAUUGUUGUUAACCGUACAAGUGUUAUCGUUGUGAUGUAAAUCUAUUUAAACAAUCUAUUGCUAAAGGUGUUGAGCGUCAAGUAUGCACGUGCACAAAUUAUCACCAACUGUUCAUUAUCCCUAUGUUAUCAAACUGUAAGCAUCGUAAUAGUGACCACCGAGACCCAAAACUAUGCUUUAUCGAGAAACAGAAUUAACAGAAACAACAACGAAAUUAUGUAAGCAAAUGCUGCAAUACUAUCCCUUAUUCGUUUAUGUUCGUGCGAUUAGCCAAUUUACACCAUCUUCAGGAAACUCUCCACCACCUACUGAUUACAUCAAUAUGUUGGACAUAUUAUCGCUAGUAAUAUACUUAAAUACUGUUGUAAGUGUAUGGAUAAUGAAUCAUAAACAGACAAAUGAAAAUAAACAGUAAAAUAUGUUUGAAAAGAUUAUUAAAUGUGUACAACAACCUAUACUAAUUAACAAUGGGUAACUAAAAAUAAAAAUUCACCAACAAAAUAGCAAGAAUUUACCACUACAUGGUGCAAGACAAAAGCGAAAAGCAUCAUGCAAAUAAACUAUGAGAGAUAUGCAACUGCGACAUACAUUAA